AGAUGCAAUACCAGCAGUACCGCAUAAUGCUCGUCGUCACACCUACGCUGAGUUUGCGGGAUGAUCGUGACAUGGAUCGUCUUCGAACGCAUGAACUCCUCAAGGCCGAUGUGCUUGUCAUGCGUUGAGCACCCUUGUCAGUCCUAAACCAGACAACCGCGCCAUCCAUUCUUACCAAAUUAUCAAGGGUUUUCGGUUUUUUUUCAGGGCGGCACGACUCUUUCUUUCCACGUCGAGUCGUGUGACGCAUAAUUAUCUGGGGACGCGGAGAAAGCUGCAUCGAACACUCGGGGUUCAUGCCUGGGCGGAUGUCAACAGAUACAGAAUCAUUAUUUGGCGACGAGAUACUUGCAAACGGCCUGAGACCUUUAUGUGGCGUCCUUAUUUUAUGCACUAAUUGUGCGCACCUGACGUAUGGAACUUAUCAAUUUUCCUUUUCUUUUCCGGCGUUGGGCACAUCAGGUUUUUCAUUGGCAUUUCUGUUGUGGUCACGGCUUCUUUUCGCAGUUGCUGUGACCUGGGCUCAUAUGAAUCAGAGCUACACUUUGUGAGCUCCGAGCCUGGAAGUGCAUUCAGGGCUUUCUACCUCAAUACCUUUGCUAAUAGCAAUAAUCUUGAACGAGCGAUGAGCAUUGGCACUUGGAGCUUCAUUUCACGUAUCGUUUGCGAAACAAAAUCAC